ACCUUUAGUAACACCGGUCCUCCUCAAUUGCACCCAGUUACAGAACAGUUUCACUUAUCUGGUUCACCCCGUCGAAUUCGGUUUUCAUUUUGUUUUUCCAUGCACGCGAGAAAGAAAAGAGCUUGGCAGCGAAACAGCGCGGUGGAACGGGACCGCGAAAAAGACUCACUGAGCCAUCGAGAGACAGACACACCGCGACAGAACAGAAUGCCAGCGAGGCUGUGUAGUGCCUUGGAAUGAAACCCCCACCUCAAUCAUGCAGAGAACGAUCCGAGACCUUUUCACCAUAGAAAAAGCACCUGUAGAGGUUUCUGCGUAUAACUUUCUGGUCUGCUAGAAGCGCCGAUGAAGGGACCUCCUGGGGGGAAGAACUUCACGGUCGAUUCGCGUGCCAACGCGGGAUGAUGUGGCGUACCCCCCAGGUUCGGAAAUCUACAUGUUUUUUACUGUCGCAGCACGCGGAGAGAGAAAUUCCAUUUACCGCGUCAAACUCCGAACGGUUGUCAAAAGAACGCGCCUGACUAACUGGUGUCGCUGAGAGUCCGGACGUUCUUAUACCUUGACUGCAUGCACGUAGAAAGCACGCAGAGAGUCUCCACGAAGCUGCCUCAAAUAGCUGCGAAAAUUUUCUCGAACUCGCACAAAGGACCUCGCAGACAGCCAGUGGCUUCUGGUGGCUUAUAUCCCCGGAGGAAUCCCUCCGAUUUCUCCACAAGCAAAGUUUCACGCUCCUACCCGGUGCCGGAGAGAUGUCCAUACUCGCGGGGAGUUGUUAGCGCGAGUGCCGUAUGUUUUUCCCUCAAAACUCGUCGUCACUGUGGUUCCGCGAUGACGACGUUUUCUGGAAGCUGCAAGACGCCUUCUCCUUCUCCUCUUCGCGAGGCCGAGGGCGAGACGAAGGCUACUUUCUCCUGUGCGAAGCUCGCUGCUGUUCCUCGAACUCCGGCGCAAGACAACACGGAGCACGGGGAUCUUUUAGGAGCUUCAGACGGAGAGGAAGAGCACCUCGUGAAACGUACAGAGGCCCUCGAAGAUGACUCCGAUGUGGACGUCGCUCUUGAGGCUCUGCGCUUCUCUGUGUGCACCAAAACGACACAGAGACAGGGAAAGACCCCGGCAUGUGGUGCUGAGGCGAGUGCCGGAGAAUGUGAAAAGCGCCUGCAAAAGGUAGUUGACAAGAAGGCGUUUUCUGGACAACAGGUGCUGCCUCUCGAGGAGUUCUUGAAAAUCUCUCAAACAAAAACGGACGAACCUCGGAAGCGCGUCAGUCGAACAGACAUCUACAGACGCGGCCGGGUACCCUGGCAAGGCAACGUCCAACCGGCCUCGCCUCCCGAGGACUCUGCUUCGUCUUUUCCUUCUUCUGCCUCUUCGUCUUGUUCUGUGCCGUUGUCUGAGGUUCGAGAUGCUUUUGUUCUGGACGGAGUCUUCUCGGCUGCGGAGUGCGAGUGGCUUCGCCGCCGCGUCGAGGAAGGCCCGAAAUUCACGUACUGGGACUCCACGGGCACAGCCAACUCCAAAUACAGAAGCGCCUAUACAGUGGAAAUUGACCAUGCUGCUCUGGCGGAUGUUAUCUGGGAGAGAAUCAAAGACUGGGUGAUUCCCGAGGUGACGAUCGAGGAAGACGACGAAGAGCGCGGCGAACGCGAUCUUGUCGGAGAGUGGAUUGCAUGCGGAGUCAAUCCUCACCUGCUAUUUGCGAAAUACACAGAUGGCGCUCACUUCGGACCCCACUCCGACGGCUGCUCAGCUGCGGAUUUCAACACGCGGACGCUGUGGCCGACCGUUCUCUAUUUAAAUGACGUUGAGGAUGGAGGCGAAACGCUGGUCAUUGACAAUGCACAAAAGACACAUCCGAUGGUUAUAGAUGAAGCAGGAAGGCACACGGCCGAUCCUCAAUUUAUCGUCGACUCCGUAGAGGCGCUCGCGGGGCGGAUGCUUUUUUUUUAUCAUACUCAGAUGCACGAAGGGCGCCGUGUCGGACCAGGGGCUUCCAAGUUCAUCAUUCGGACAGAUGUUCUGUACAGGCGAAAAAUACCUCUUUUGACUACGCCGAAAGAUCAGGAGGCAUUUGCACUGUGGCAGCGGGCAGAGCUGCUUGCGGAAGAGGGCCAGGCAGACGAGGCCGCCGUCCUCUUUAGAAAAAGUAUCAAGCUUUCCCCCGACUUGGCUGCCAUCUACGGAAUGGCGUAACUGACAGCAUACUGAACACGAUUCAGUUUCUCCCGCGAUUUGCCGAGGAAGGCAACAAAAAAUAGCGGGGUGGCUCUCCCCUGUUUACCUUUUCGUAGCGAGUUGAACCACUCCCCUUCUGAAUGCAGUAUGAAACCCCCGACCUACGAAAUUCACGGAGAACAAAAACGUGACUAGCAGGGUGUUUUGUGGAGAAACGUUUUGGGAAUGCCCUGGAACUGAACAAGGAAAAAGCUUUAGUGCCCGUCAAUGUAACUAAAGGUGUCGACUUUCGCUGCCACACAUGCCUAGAGCAGCGAGGCUGCGAAUGCAGACAGAACAUUGGUGAAUACCGCUUCUUUCGACUUGCAGGCGAGAACCCGAGGCAAGAGAGAGAUAUAGGUAUCGAGGUUGUGGAAAAGUGCACACUCGGUCGGUUUUUGCUUUACUCAGUGAGGACCUAUCUCCCAGAAGUGGCAAAGCGAAACACUGACAAAUGCCAUGCGUCACGAAGUCAUGUCAAAAACAAAAUCCCCCGUGCCGCGUCCAGGUAUCGAGUAACACGCAAAUUUUCUAGUCCAACCGUGGAAAAAGAGUAAUGGUCUUCAAAAGUGAUGUUGUUUCUCUCGCUGCAGUGCUUGGUUAGCGUUCGGAACGAUCGCGUCAGGUUCUUGCUUUCUUCGUGGGAAAUGUUCGAUAUCCCAAUGGCGACUGGCAGAGAGCGGGCAAACGGAGGGUUGAGGGUGCAGCUGGUAAAGUUCACAUCACAUCUUGAGAGGAGGACGGUUCAGAAAAAUCAUUUUUGAGGCUCGUAAAACAUAUAAGAAGCCCAUGUGCACCGGCUGUGUGUUGCCUCACUCACCCUUAACGUGUAUAUGGAAACAGCGAUGCCGUGAUCUUUAACGACGACGCGUUGGGGAACUGCAGAAAACCUCAAACGCAUACAGCGGAAGUAGGAUGUUCCUCCAUUGCUCAAAUGAGAUGAAACUGGUA